GAGAGAGAGAGAGAGAGAGAGAGAGAGAGAGAGAGACUCCAUCCCAGCCUGGCGCAACACGUCAACAAAACAAACAUUGGUCGGAACGUGUGAGUGGCCGGGGUUCUGUGAGAGCUGGGAGGUCACAGUUCCACGGAAACGAUGUCUGUUACCAAGCAACCAAUUGAUUUUCUGAUAUAUUUAUUAUUAUUUGGAUCAGCAAUAUUUGUCAAUAAGUAUGUACUGUCGGUGCUUAAAUUUACCUACCCUACAAUCUUUCAAGGAUGGCAAACCUUGGUGGGAGGCAUCCUGCUCCGAGUGCUGCUGUCCAACAAGUGUUUAUCAGUGUCUGCCACAGAGCUUGAUAAACCGGGAUUUAUAUCACUAUUACCAUCCUUUCUUUUCUUCUCAGCAGGAAUUGUUGCCAGCUCUAAAGCUCUUGCAAACUUGAGUGUGCCCAUGUUUCUUUGUUUACAAAACUCCCUGGGAGCAGUGUUGUACCUGGUGGACGUGGCCCCAAGCUUCAGGACUGCUGGCCCCAUCCCCCUACUGGCCUGCCUCACCACCAUCGGCACCGCUGUGUCUGCUGUGCUCUCAGACAUUGACAUGACGUUUUCAGAUUCACCGUAUUUUUGGAUGAUGGUGAACUUGGCAUGCAUGGCAGUCCAGGCUCUGCACUCCAAGAUAGCCGAUGCUCGCUACACAGACGUAGACCGACUCUACUUCUCAUACGUCUUCAGUGUUGUUGUUCUGGCACCUGUGUCUCUAUACCUGGAAGAAGCAUUUGAGGUGCUGCACUUCCCCCAUGCAAUGCGCUAUGAUUUCUAUGCUGGGUGUCUCCUGUCAGGAAUACUUGGCUUGUUCCUCAAUCUCUCCAGCAUGAAGGUGCGGAAACAAAACCUCUUCUCCAUCGUAGAUGCAACAGGGCGGUUGUUCACGUCUGUCCUGGCCCUCGCAACUUUCAAUGACGUAACAAGUCUCACUGUUAAAAUUUUGAUAGGCAUAAAUCUCCUUUCUGGUGUGUUUGUGCCAAUCCCCAUCGCACACAGUCCUGAGGAGCCGGAUGAGAUGAUGGAGCCCCUGACAGAAGGUGCAUGAGUGUGGGCAGCAGCGUGUGCUUGGUGAGCCUCAAGGUGCAGCUCAGGUGUGUGUGUCAGUAGAGGGGAAGUGAAUCUGUGCGUGGCUGUUCUUUCCCUCAUGCUCAGACAAGUGGGAAGGGUAAGGGUUUUUAGCAAAGCAUGUAUUUAUUUAACCUUUUUGUGUCUUACUUAGUAUAUUUUAUAUUUAUGAAUUACACACACACACACACACACACACACACACACACACACACACACACACACACACACACACACACACACACACACACAGAACACACACACACACACACACACACAGAACACACACACACACACACACACACACACACACACACACACACACACACACACACACACACACACACACACACACACACACACACACACACACACACACACACACACACACACACACACACACACACACACACACACACACACACACACACACACACACACACUUAUCAAGUGUAAUACUAUACAACCUAAAUAAUUUCGUUAAUAAUUUAUUAUAACAUUAUUUUAUCUGCUGCAUGAUAUAUUUAAAGAAAAGUUUAUCAUGUUUACCUGUGCCAGGCACAUCUCUCAAAGAGAAUUCAGUCUUUAGUUGUAAAGCAAUAAGUUUCCAGGAAGCUUAAAGCUUAGUUACUUACCAUAAGGUAUUCAUCUCUGCUCCAUUACCUUCAUUCAUACUCAUUGUUUGUAACACUUCACAAGCACUCAGCCUGAGGUCGCUGUCUUAUCCAAGGACUCUUCACCAGGCUGGUGGCCAUCUCUCCCAUUAUCAUUACCACAGUGUUAAAAAAGCACUGUUCAUAACACAUACCACUAUCAUCACAUUCCAUAGAUACAACUUUUAUUAUUCAGUCUUCUCCCUUUCUCAUAAGUCAAUCUUUGUAUUUGUUUCUGUGUGUCAUUAAAAAAAGCUUUCAGUGGUUUCACCAAUUCAUUGCUGCACUUUUGUGGCCUUUUUGCACAUAAUGCAAAACCUUAUCUUAUGUAAAUGACCCAGCUCUCCGAGGCAUCUUUCCAUCCAUGCAAGUCGUCCAUUUUCCUGCUGUGUUUCUUUUCACGAAGGGAGAAGUUUUCCUGCCUGCUGUUUGUGGUGAGUCAUUCCAGUGUACAGCUGUUUUUAUGUACAAUUGUACACUCAGCAGUCUAAUCAUAGUGUAUUAUUUUUAUUAUAUAUUAUUUUGUUCAUUUUAUAUUAAAUUGAUCUUAUUGUUAAAUUGAUUUAUAGGUAAAUAAAAGCUUUAAUUAAUGUGUAGACAGUGAGGCAGAUUUUGUACAUUAGUUCGGGUGUAGUUGGAAAAACCUCUUUAUAUUCAUAGAUUACAUUAUUUUCCAAGAAAGGUGUAGUAGUGUAUAAAGUAAUUUCAUUGUAGUGGAGAUUUGUAAUAGGGUAAUAGUUAGUCCUGAUGUUUUUGUAGAGUACAAUGCAGGUUCUUAAUGACAAUUCCAACACUGGAAAAACAGAGGUGCUUCCGUGUUUGAUGGAAAACAGAAUUAAUAAGAGGGAUACACCUCACAGAUGUAUUUCCUGCAUGGAAUUUACUUCAGUGGACUUUUCCAAUCAGAAAAAAAAAAUUCAUUCAUUCAAAGAUUCACUGUACAGUAAUGUGAUUUUUGCCUUCCAGUGGAGACAGGAACCAAUUGUAACCUUUUGAUAUGAAUCCAUGAUCUGUAUAAUAAAUUUUAAUAAUGAAU